GGCAGAAAAUGUCUUAUUCCUAAAUACAAGGGAGACAACCGAAUCCACAUCGAAUUGCCAUGUUAGAUACAUUCAAAGGUCAACGCUGAAAUGCGUGAUCGAAACAAAAACCCCUGCAAACGAGCCGGACCCCCAUCGAAAAACUACCGGACCAACCCGGCCAAUUGGUGCCAUCCUCACAGGAGAUGAGCGGCGAAGGGCCAGGACUGCUUCACCUCUUGGAUGCGGAAACCCUGGGGGGAGGCCUCGUCGCCAUAUAUGGCACACACCUCGCGGCAAACCCCCUCGAAGAAUGCCUGCUUGGCCCCAGUCCACAAAAGAAACCCGUCAUCCCCGGGCAUCAGGCGAAGCAUAGUCGGAUCGUCCGCGAUGGAACGACGGCCCGCGACAAAGGAGCGAUAGGGAACCAGACUCAAAGCCUCGAUCGCUCCCGGUCCCAACGCAUCCUCUGGCUCCUCGAAGAAUUGCGCCUCACCUACGAGAUCCAACCGUACAAACGCGAUGCCACGCAGCGCGCCCCGGCCGCCCUGAAGCACCUGCACCCGCUCGGCAAAAGCCCCGUGCUCAGCAUCGCGCCGCCGCCAGCGUCAGCCCACCAACAACCACAAGCCCCGCUAAUCCUCGCCGAAUCCGCCGCCAUCAUCGAGUAUCUGGUAGAUCAUUUCCUACCCCCACCGGCUCCGGGUGCGGAUCCGCACCCUCCCCCAAAGCUGACCCUCCCGCCGCGCUGGACCGCCGGCCGCGAGAACCAGCCCGGCGGGGAGACUGCGGCGUGGCUGCGGUACCGGUAUCUGAUGCAUUAUGCGGAGGGGAGUUUGAUGCCGUUGGUUGUGGUACGGGUUUUGAUGGACGGCAAGGAUGGGGAGUCUCGAUCCGCUGACAAUUUGGUGGCUGGGAUGGGGUGGGAUGGGUGUGUAGUGGUCCAAACCGCCCCCGCGCCGUUCUUCGUCAAACCCGUGCUCGGGCUCGUGCCCGCCAUUGUGAACAGGGAGUAUACGCGGCCGAAUCUGGAGACGCAUUUUGGGUUCUUGGAGGCGCAGUUGGAGAGGAUCGCGGGGGUGGGGGCUGCUGCUGCUGCUCCUCCUCCUGCCUACCUGACCGGUACGCGGUUCACCCCAGCAGAUAUCCUCAUGAGUUAUCCGUUGGUGAUUGCGGAGGAGAUCAAGGCAAUUGAUCCCGAUCGGUUCCCGCGGCUGCGGGGGUAUGUGAAGGGUUUGAGGGGCAUGGAGGGGUAUCGGAGGGCUGUGCAGGUUUUGGAAGAGGUCGAGGGGCAGGAGUAUAGGCCUUUUUGAUGCGGUUCUGUGGGUGCAGGGUAGUUGGUAGUUGUUGGGGGUGUCGAGGGCCAGUCGUGGGGUCGAAGUAUGCGAAAUUGAUGGCUGGAGUGCCGAGUACAGU